AGUCUGAGGUCCCCAAGCAUCGAAGAGGAGCCGUCAGUGAGACAGAAGGGACAAGCAGACCGCUCCGACUCACUUUUGGACUUUCUCCCAAGAAUGAAAAUGCUUCUGUUGGGUAUCUGGACGCUGCUGGCCUUGAUCCCUUGUCCAGGGACCACAGAAGUGCUGUUUCAGGUGUCUGUUCAUCCAAAUCAGGCCCUGGUAGAGUUCGGACACUCCCUAACCAUCAACUGCAGUACCACUUGCCCAGACCCCGGGCCCAGUGGAAUCGAGACCUUCUUAAAGAAAACCCAGCUAAGCAAAGGGUCCCAGUGGAAGGAGUUCCUCCUGGAGGGCAUCACAGAGAACUCUGUGCUGCAAUGCUUCUUCUCUUGUGCGGGGGUGCAGAAAGACACAGCACUUGACAUCACCAUGUACCAACCACCAGAGCAGGUGAUCCUGGACCUGCAGCCUGAGUGGGUGGCCAUUGAUGAAGCCUUCACAGUGAAGUGUCACGUGCCUAGUGUGGCACCCCUGCAGAGCCUCACCCUUACCCUCCUCCAGGGUGACCAAGAACUGCACAGGAAAGACUUCCUGAGUUUAUCUUUGGUGUCCCAAAGAGCUGAGGUCACCGUCAAUGUCAGAGCCCAGCGGGAGAACGACAGGCACAAUUUCUCCUGCCGAGCAGAACUGGAUCUGAGCCCACACGGUGGGGGUUUGUUUCAUGGCAGCUCAGCCACCAAGCAACUCCGGAUCUUUGAAUUCUCUCAGAAUCCCCAGAUCUUGGUGCCUUCACUGCUGGAAGUUGGGAUGGCCGAGACUAUGAGCUGUGAGGUGGUUAGGGUGUUCCCAGCCCAGGAAGCUGUCUUCCGAAUGUUUCUGGAAGACCAGGAGCUGAGCCCUUUCUCCUCCUGGAAAGGAGAUGCAGCAUGGGCCAGUGCUACCAUUCAGGCCAUGGAGACCGGUGACCAGGAGCUGACCUGCCUUGUGUCUGUGGGUCCUGUGGAGCAGAAAGCAAGAAAACCAGUGCAUGUCUACAGUUUCCCUCCACCAGUCCUGGAGAUAGAAGAUGCUUACCCACAGGCAGGGACAGACGUUAAUGUGACCUGCUCAGGUCACGUGCUAACAUCGCCCAGCCCUACUCUUCGGCUCCAGGGAUCCCUAAACCUCUCUGCUCCCGGGGAGCCUGCCUGGCUUCGGUUUACUGCCAGGGAGGAAGAUGAUGGCCGGACUCUCUCCUGUGAGGCCUCUUUGGUGGUGCAGGGCCAGCGACUGGUCAAAACCACCAAGAUCCAGCUUCAUGUGUUAUACAAGCCAAGGUUUCAGGAAUCCGACUGCCCUGGCAACCAGAUAUGGGUAGAAGGGAUGGAUCAGAUGCUUGCCUGCAUCCCAGAGGGAAACCCCAUCCCGGCUUUGGUGUGUAUCUGGAAUGGGAUGACCUUUGACCUUGAGGUACCUCAGAAGGCCACCCAGAACCACACAGGAACUUACAGCUGCACAGCCACCAACUCCCUAGGCUCUGUCAGCAAAGACAUCGCUGUCCUUGUCCAAGGCCUGCAUGAGGGAAUCAGCUCGUCCACCAUCUUCAUCAUCAUCAUUUUCACCCUCGGCAUGGCUGUGAUCACCAUAGCAUUAUAUCUGAACUACCAGCCCUGCAAAAGAAACGGUAGGAAACGGACGCACAGGCAGAAAGAGCAGAACAAAGGCGGGGAGAGACAGUUCUCGGAUAUACAAGCCGAGGAGUGCCACGCGCACCUCUGCUGACCACAGACAGCUUUUUGCUUGCAUGUGACUUCAGCUACCAGGAUUUACAGGGACGCAAGAGUGAGCCAAGGAGGAAAGAGGAGACAAUGCGAGGCUUCAUUUCCUCGCAUUCCGUUGUCCCCCAAAACAGGGUUUCAGGGCCCCACCGUGGCUCGUGUCCAGUCCAUCUGGAGUUCCUUUCUUGUUUGAUUUUAUUCCAGUUUGUAGAUAUUUCAGUCUGAUUGUUCCAUCUGGAGGGAUCCUGUCACCGUUACUCUGUGUUCAACUAGUCCACACUCGGGCACGAGGAAGGCCCCGCCCUUGCCCCUCGUUCCCACUGCCCACCUCUCAAACAGCGAAGGAGAAGGGUCAUCAGAGGUAUCCUGGAGUGCGUUGUUCAGGGCAUCCAGAUGACUGACUAGGAACUUAUUUCACAGUUCAGGGACAAGACUUCAUAGGAUAGGUAGCGAUUAAGUAGGCAGGAAUUAGAACUCUUCCCUGCCCAUACUCCCCUGCUCACCAAACAGUACCCGUCGGCAUCAUGAAGGCUGUUGGCUGGUUAAGCUUCACCCUAGAAACCCUCUGCAGUUUCACUUUGAAACACUCUGAAUUCCUUUCUGGUAGAGGCCGAGUUCCAGGCAUACUCUCCCUCUCCACAAGAAUUGCCUGUUUUUGUCGUCUGCCAUUAAGUCACCUGGGGUGAAUGUACACAAGCCCACAGCAGUGUGCUUAACACAGAGAUGGGGCUCUGUUCCGUCACCAGAAUUCUCGGUGACCGGUUCACCCUAUGCCAUAGCAGCUCAGCUUCCUUCACGGUCCUUUGGAAGGACUGUGUCUGCCUGGGUGACAAGAUGUCCUGGCUGGGAGAACAUCAAGGCAGGGCUUUGCUCCAGACCUGUUAUGAAGUCUACUGAGAUGUUAGCUGUGGCAAAAUAAAAUAGGCUUUGUGAAUCUG